CAGACUGUCACUGUCACUGGCCUGGCCAUUCCGUCCGAACCAGUGACACACGCGAUCACGGUUUCUCUCACGCUCGCUCGAUCCGUGAUCGAUUUCGGUUAUUUAAGGAAGUUUUGCGGUUCGCUUUAUUUUUCACCCGUUCGGUUUUUCGCGUGUGACCUUAGCGCAUUUAUUUGUUGUCUUGACCCUUUUGUGUUGGCAUUUCCGGAUCGAAAUCAAAGCAAACCGCGCUUGUGAACGCGAAUUUGAGGGGCUGCAGCGAGCAAUGAAAUGAAGUAGUAAUAAAGUGUUGAUAAAAAAUAAAAAAAAAACGAUCCAAGAUGGCCGUUUUGUUUCGUCCUUGGCUGCUGUUGCUGGUCGCAGGUUGGUUUGUGCUGUGCUUUUUGGCCACCUCCGGCGAUGGGUUUCGAUUGCGUGACUACGAAGUGGACGACGAUCAGCGGAUGGCGAUGGCGAUAACGAAAAAGCGGAUUCAGCAGAGGUCAAGUGCCGUUACGGAAGUGAAGCAGAAAAAGCGACUGCGAGUGGCCGUCGACGACGACGACGACGAUAACGAGGGGAACGAUGAUGAUGAUGAAGAACAAGCGGCCGAAAAGAAGUACAAGUUUGAGAGAGUUCGCAGAAGUUACAAGUCUUCUCCGUCCGAGGAGCGGAAGAGGGAGGACAGAUUUCGGACGGAUGUUAAGGGGAAAUCUAGCGAAGGGGUUCGAGAUGUGAAACCGAAAGAUGAUGGAACAUUGGACGAUGAUGAUGAUGAUGAUGAUGACGAUGAAGAUGAUGGUGAGGAAGAAAAGUCUAUUUUCAAUUUGUUUGGCUUGCUAGGAUCGAAAAAACUGAAGGAAGAUAAAACGGAUAAGAUAAAAGUGGAAGCAAAGAGUGAGAAGAAAAAAGUUUCUUCACAAGUUGAUGACUCUGACGAUGACAACGACGACGAUGAUGAUGACGAUGAGGAAAAGGACGAAGGAAUUUUGAGUUGGUUAAAAGAUUUAACCAGCAAAUCAUCUGACCAAGACAAGGACGAUGAUGACGUGAAAGAUAACGACCAGAACGACGACGAGGAGGAAGAAAAAUCCGGUGGAUUAUUUGGCUGGUUAAAAGACCUCACCGAUUGGGAGGAAGAUUCCGACGAAGACGACCACGGCGGAAAACGGGACAAAGACGAAGACCGGGAGAAAGAGAACCCCUUAAUCAACCUUGUCAGUAGCCUUAUCAACACAGACACGGAAGAUACCAGCGAAGAAAUCAAAGUGCGUCGCGUCGGAUCCGCAGAAGAGGAUAGUAGCACCGAAGUCAAGCCUACCUCGAAAACAAAAGCCAAAAAGGAGUCUAAAAUUGUCCAGUUGUUGAACACCAGCCCACUAAAUUCGCUGUUCCCUGCGAGCGACCUUCCAGCAGAAGAUACCAUCGAAACGGACCCUAAAAAGGUGAAAAAGCUCCAGCAGACGCCUUCGAAAGUGGUCAAGCAACGCAUCGAAAUCUCCCCUGAAGACUUCGAAUCCCUAUUACUCCGUAUACCGUCAUUUGUUCCGGACUACGGACGUCUAAAGAACAACGAAUGCCGCAAGCAAGGGCAAAUUUUCCAGCGUCAGCUGCGUGGCAAGCGCCUCUGGGCACUUCAAAUGAUCGACGCCAGCGCUAAAGUGACCUCCGGUUUACUACGCGGCAACGCUAAUCAACUGGGUGACUACGACCUGUGCACCGGAAUCGCCACCAAGAUCAACGUGAAAGCCGAUGAACAGGUUCGAAUGCGCGGAAAAUACUGCCUAGCCCAUAUCGAUGUUGUCGCCGAGGACGACGAUUUGAAGUUACCGGUGCAUCUGCUGCAGGGUCGAGGUUUCAUUAAGAGUACACUAAAUGAUCCGGAUCACUUUCUACCCCGUUUCACGACCAUCAACUGGGGUAUCUGUCUACCGGCGGCCUGCGACUACGAGGAUGCUGGAAGCAUCGUGAAGCACUUUGUCAAACCGUACAACACGACCGGCAUCAAGCUGUUCCUGGAGAUCGAAGAAGGCAACUGUCAUGUGCGUCAAAAUGCCAGCUGGCCGAAGCUGUUCCGGGACAACUGGCAGCUUGUGGCUUCACUCGGCUUUUACACCUUCGUCCUAGUGAUAGCACUGGUGGCCUCCCUAAACGAUUUCGGAAUCAUUCACAUCGAACCACACCCGAAGGGGGUGAAAUCGAACGACGAAGCCGUUAGCGAAGCGGACCCCAAUCUGCUGCACCAAAUGCUAAUGUCCUUUUCGGUGAAACGAACCCUCGGACAGCUGGUUGGUGGAGAGGACGAAACACUCGCCGGGAAGCCCACCAUCGGGUGUUUGUCGGGUUUGCGGGCUCUCGCUACCGUUGUGCUGUUCGGUGCCCUACGCUUGAUUCCGAUGGGUUUUCAACCGUUUACCAAUCGAAAUGAGUUUACCGAAAGUUUCAACUCGCCGUGGUCCGUGCUGCUGAGGGUGCUGAUGCUGUACACCGAUGUGUAUCUGGUGGUUAGUGGAUUCCUCGCCGCUUAUCACAUGAUUGGAGAGUUUCAGCAGAAGCAAAAGGUGGCCUGGUUCAGGAGGAUCGUCGGACGGUAUUUAAGAUUAACAUUGCCGCUGAUUCCUGUAUUGAUUUUCUACUCCUGGAUCUGGGAGCACCUCGGCAGUGGACCCCAAUGGGGCGAUGUUGUUGUGAAAAAUGCUAACCUGUGCAAGUUCAACUUCUGGAACAAUAUACUGUUUGUACAGAAUUGGUACCCAAUCGAAGAAGGAUGUGCUCCUCACACCUUCCAGCUGGCGAUCGAAAUGCAACUGUCCAUUCUCGCUCCCUUCCUACUAAUCGUUCUCACCAAAAGUCCCUUCUACGGAGCGGCAGCUUUCGUGACCUUGCACGGACUUUCCACCGCGAUACGUUUUGUAGCCACGACAGAGGAUCGUCUUUCACCGUACAUUUACCACGGCAUCCGGCUGACGCAAAUCUAUCGAACCGUCAAUCUUAGCUUCUCAGAAACGCUGCACCGGGCUACUCCUUAUUUGGCCGGUUUCGGUUUGGGCUAUCUGCUGCGUGAAACCGAACUUCAGAAGCACGAUCGUGGUAUCAACUGGAGCGGUUGGCUCGGGAUGGCAAUCGCCGUCGGUUGGUGCUUUGGAUUCACGCUCGAUAUUGCUGAUAAGGACUUCCAGUACGUGAUGGCUGAUGCUGCCCAGUAUGCGGCACUCGCUCCACUUUCCUGGGCCCUCGCCGUUUGCUGGAUUAUCUACUAUUGCAUUACAACUCCGGAGAGUUUAUUGAACCGCUUUCUCAGCAGCCGACCAAUGGUUUUCCUAAGCAAAAUAUCCUAUUCGGUUUCACUGAUUCAGUUUCUUGUGUUUUUCUACUUUGCCGGAUCUACCCGUGGCAGUGAGGUUUUCAGUUUUGCCGGUUUCCUAAAUCGAACCGAAAUUUGCCUACUGCUGGCGGGUGGCACUGCCCUUACGCUGCUAUACGACCUGCCGAUUCAGAACAUUAAAGCCAUUCUGGAUAGGUCCGGAAUCUUCGACCGGAUGGAAAAGAAAGACACUGCCGCUCAAGAGGAGGUUCAGGAUGGUACCGAAAAGGUGGUGGAAAAUGGAACUGGUUCGGGAGCGGCUACGCCGCCGAAAGAGGAAAAAACGGUGGAGGAUGAUUUCGUUAGUCCCUUUGACGAGCGCACGGACGAUGACGACUUUGUGCGACCCGUAUGGAAGCGGAAAACCACACCGGAGCCGGAACCGAAGCCAUUCACACCUACCAAAGGGUUCUGGGAUGACGAAGAGGAGAGCGAUGCCCCAAAGCCGGUCUUCAAAGCCAAAACACCCGAACCACCAAUCGAGGAACAGGAAGAAGAGGCCACUGUGGAGGAAGAGGAAGAGGAGGAGGAAGAGGAAGAUGAAGAGGAAGAAGGCGAUGAGGAAAUCGAUGAAGAGAGGGAAGUUAUCAGAAGACCAACAAGCGGAGGAGCACAAGCUAAAGCAUCGCCAUCACCGCCGAAAUCGGAGCAGCCGGAAUCGAAACCAUCCCCGAAAACCACAGCAACGGCAUCGUUCCGUUUCACCUCGAGCCGCUCAUACAGUCCUCCACCGACGACGAGGCGUCGCCAAUGGCGCACUUGGGAUCUACAGGAUGACUAAGCUUUGGUUGAUGCAUCCAACGCUCAAGAAAAAGACAACAGUUUUAUGUUUUAAGUUGUGUUGGUAAGUAAAUUGUCUCUAUUAGCCUUAUCCGGUACGAAAAAGGGGAAACAGGGGGUCGGCGUGCUACUCGUAUUUACACGUACCGCGCUAUUCUUAGUGAGCAAGAACAAAAAAAAGAAGUUCAACCCUGCCUCGUGUGCACACGCCUGCAGCGACAUAGUCAUCGAACGAAUUAAAACUACACAC